AUGUUUACGCUUUCCAGCAAAACAUCUUUACCGCACGCGUUGUUCACGGCCAAGCACCCGAGGCAAAAGACGUCGUCCAACAAACGAUGCGCGACGACGAAAGCGGUCGUGAACGACUCGCCGAGAAUAAUCGUCGAAAACGACGCCGAGACGAAGAAAUUUCGGUUGAGAGAUCACCAACGGGAGGUUAUUCGAGACAUGUCUGGCUUUGCCGGCGGGGAGCUCAUGGGCCUUCUGAAAGACACCAACAAAAACUGGCAACCGCAAGACUUUCUCCCGGAUCCGGAAUCCGAACAGUUCUUGGAAGAAAUCAAGGAAAUCCAAGAGAGAUCGAAAGGCAUUUCGGACGAUUUGAUGGUGGUUUUAGUCGGCGAUUUAAUCACGGAAGAAGCUUUACCGACGUACAUGAACAUGUUGAACACGUUGGAAGAGACGAAGGAUACCACGGGCGCGGACGGGACGCCGUGGGCGCAAUGGACGAGAAAGUGGACCGCGGAAGAGAACAGACACGGUGAUUUGAUGAACAAGUACAUGUGGAUGACUGGUAAGUGCAACAUGAAACCGAUCGAGACGACUAUUCAGAAUUUGAUUGGAAGCGGGAUGAACCCGAAGACGGACAACAAUCCGUAUUUGGGUUUCGUAUACACGUCGUUUCAAGAGAGAGCGACGAAGGUUUCGCACGGGAACACCGCGAGAAUGGCGUUGGAGGCUGGCGACGAUAAGUUGGCCAAGAUUUGCGGCAUCAUCGCCGCCGAUGAAGGCAGACACGAGAUUGCGUACCAAAGAAUCAUCGACGAAGUAAAGAAGAGAGAUCCAGACGGAGCGGUGUUGGCGUUUGCGGAUAUGAUGAGGAAACAAAUUACCAUGCCGGCGCACUUGAUGGACGAUGGUCAGCACAGAGCGAGAACGGGGAGAGAUUUGUUUAGCGAUUUCGCCGCCGUGGCAGAACGAUCGGGCGUGUACACCGCGGAUGACUACGCGGAUAUCAUGGACCAUUUGAUCAAGAGAUGGGAGAUCAACUCCAUGACUGGUUUGUCGGUGGAAGCGAUGGAAGCGCAAGAAUAUUUGAUGAAACAACCGGAUCGUAUUCGUAAAUUAGCGGCAUUCGGUAAAAAGAAAGCGGCAAAGAAAGGGCCGAUGACGGAAUCGUUCUCUUGGAUCUUCGACCGUGAAGUGCAAAUCAACUAA